GAAUCCAGCAACUGGAUCUUAUAAGUUCAGCGUCCACCCCCCUCUUUGUCCUUGAAUCUUUCUCACCUACAUCUCACUUCGCCUUCGCAGUCAUUCCUAGUAACCUACCUUCUGCACUACUUGUCCACGUGAUAUCAACCUACCCACUCCCUACACCAGACACACCUAAACUACCAAGUCUUACAUCAACCAUGCCUCCUAAGCUGGCAGUUCCAGACACCAAUACCCUCUUUCUCUAUGUCUGUCUCCUGAAGUCUGACUUCACCUCGGUUGACUGGAAGGCCGUCACCGCAGCCACUGAUCUGAACGAGAAUGCCGCUCGCAUGAGAUUCUCUCGUCUCAAGAAACGGCUGGAGGCUUUCGUUGGCGCUGACGGCAAGGUCGACGUGAAGCGUGGCGAGCCUGCUGCCGAGAGCAGUGCGGCUUCGACUCCCGCGUCGACCCCCGUGAAGAAGCAGGGUGCCAAGGGCGGAAAGGCCAAUCUCAAGCGCCCCGGGGAUGAUGAUGCCGCUGACACCAGCUCUUCGGCCAAGAAGAAAAAACCCACCACCAAGGGUAAGAAGAAGGUCGUCAAGCCCGAGUCGGAUGACGACGAGACCGUUGAUCUAAGCGAUCACGGAUCUGCCUCUCAGGAUAACGAUGACGCUUCAGUCAAGGAGGAGUGAAAGUCGGACGAAUACA